CCCCCGGGCUCGGUGCGUCCGCGGGUGGCUGCCCCGCAGGUGCGCGCGGCCGGGGCUGGCGGCGACUCCCUCCACCGGGCCGCCCGGGAGGCUCAUGCAGCGCGGCUGGGUCCCGCGGCGCCCGGAUCGGGGAAGUGAAAGUGCCUUGGAGGAGGAGGGCCGGUCCGGCAGUGCGGCCGCCUCACAGGUCCGCGGACGGGCCAGGCGGGCGGCCUCCUGAACCCAACCGAAUCGGCUCCUCGGGCCGCGGUCCUCCCGCCCCUCCUCGCCCGCCGCCGGAGUUUUCUUUCGGUUUCUUCCAAGAUUCCUGGCCUUCCCUCGACGGAGCUCGGGCCCAGUGCGGGGGCUCAGGGCGCGGGAGCUCCACCUCCUUGGCUUUCCCUGCGCGCAGAGGCUGGCACGGCGCGGGCCGAGUGCUGAGCGCACGGUCGGGGCACAGCAGGGCCAGGGGGUGCAGCCGGCUCGCGCCUCCUCUCCGGCCGCCGUCUCCUCCGGUCCCUGGCGAAAGCCAUUGAGAAACCAGCUGGACGUCACGCGCCGGAGCCUGUCUGGGAGUCAGAGCGAGGUGGCUCCAUCCCCGUAGAGUUCGCGGAGCCCCGAGAUGGGACGGGACUUGCGGUUCGGGUCCCGCGUGCUCGUGUUCCUGCUCCUGCUGGUGUACCUGACUCAGCCAGGCAAUGGCAACGAGGGCAGCGUCACUGGAAGUUGUUAUUGUGGUAAAAGAAUUUCUUCUGACUCCCCGCCAUCGGUUCAGUUCAUGAAUCGUCUCCGGAAACACCUGAGAGCUUACCAUCGCUGUCUAUACUACACCAGGUUCCAGUUCCUUUCCUGGAGCGUGUGUGGGGGCAACAAGGACCCAUGGGUUCAGGAACUGAUGAGCUGUCUUGAUCUCAAAGAAUGUGGACAUGCUUACUCGGGGAUUGUGGCCCACCAGAAGCAUUUACUUCCUACCAGCCCCCCAAUUUCUCAGGCCUCACAGGGGGCAUCUUCAGGCAUCCACACCCCUGCCCAGAUGCUCCUGUCCACCUUGCAGUCCACCCAGCGCCCCACCCUCCCAGUAGGAUCACUGUCCUUGGACAAAGAGUUCACUCGUCCCAAUGAAACCACCAUUCACACUGCGGGCCACAGUCUGGCAGUUGGGCCUGAGGCUGGGGAGAACCAGAAGCAGUCGGAAAAAAAUGCUGGUCCCACAGCCAGGACAUCAGCCACAGUGCCGGUCCUGUGCCUCCUGGCCAUCGUCUUCAUCCUCACUGCAGCCCUUUCCUAUGUGCUGUGCAAGAGGAGGAGGGGGCAGUCACCGCAGUCCUCUCCAGAGACGGACUCUAUGUUGCCCAGGCUGUUAUGGAACUCCUGAGUCAAGUGAUGCUCCCACCUUGGCCUCUGAAGGUGUGAGGAUUAUAGGCGUGACCCACCACAUCCAGCCUACACGUAUCUGUUAAUAUCUAACAUAGGACUAACCAGCCACUGCCCUCUCUUAGGCCCCUCAUUUAAAAAUGGUUAUAUUUUAAAAUCUGCUUUUCACACUGGGUGAUAAUAACUUGGACAAAUUCUAUGUGUAUUUUGUUUUGUUUUGCUUUGCUUUGUUUUGAGACGGAGUCUCGCUCUGUCAUCCAGGCUGGAGUGCAGUGGCAUGAUCUCGGCUCACUGCAACCCCCACCUCCCAGGUUCAAGCAAUUCUCCUGCCUCCUCCUGAGUAGCUGGGAUUACAGGUGCUCACCACCACACCCAGCUAUUUUUUUGUAUUUUUAGUAGAGACGGGGUUUCGCCAUGUUGGCCAGGCUGGUCUCGAACCCCUGACCUGGUGAUCUCCCCACCUAGGCCUCCCAAAGUGCUCGGAUUAAAUGUGUGAGCCACCAUGCCUGGCCCUAUGUGUGUUUUUUAACUACUAAAAAUUAUUUUUGUAAUGAUUGAGUCUUUUUUAUGGAAACAACUGGCCUCAGCCCUUGCGCCCUUACCAUGAUUCCUGGCUUCAGCUUUUUUUGCUGAUGGUUCCCCCUCGUCCCAAAUCUCUCUCCCAGUACACCAGUUGUUCCUCCCCCACCUCAGCCCUCUCCUGCAUCCUCCUGUCCCUGCAACGAAGGCCUGGGCUUUCCCACCCUCCCUCCUUAGCAGGCGCUGUGCUGGGACACCAUAUGGGCUGGUUUCACUUCCUCAGUCCCUUGCCUACCCCAGUGAGAGUCUGAUCUUGUUUUUAUUGUUAUUGCUUUUAUUAUAAUUAAAACUCUAUUCUUGUUUUGUCUCUCUGAA